AUGGAGUCGUACGAGAAAGAACAACAAGAGCUUGAAAAGUAUUGGCAAGAAAUUCUGUCGGAGGAAGAAUCGGACGAGUCUUUGUUGGGCGACACGUAUCUUUCGGACGAGUACCAACCAUCUGAUUCUAGUGACAGUGAAUAUGAAUCAAGUGCUCCGGAACGGAAUCAAAAACGAAAACGUGUGGCCGGAAAUACCAAAUCGUUGGAACAAGAUGUACCAGUGGCGUCCACCAGUAAAAAACAAGAAUAUACGAAUUUCGAAGAACAUGUUGAUGCUGCUAUAGAAUCUGUCAUUGCCCAACAUUCUAAAGACUCCGAAGAGGAAAUUUUAGGAGAACCAAAAGUGUCCAAUGCAGUGAAUGAAGCUAUUGUCUGGGGGCCGGUCAACGGCGAAAAUUUACAGAAAUUUACAUUUGAGGACCAUGAUUCUGCAGGUUUUGAUGCACAAUUAUACGAAAACUUCUACAACAAAUCGGCAUUUGAAUUUUACGAACAUUUUGUUGGCGAUGGUCUUUUAUCCAUGAUGGUAAGUGUCUAA